AUGGAAAGCCGCGACGCCCACAAAUCCAACUGCUGCCUCAAGAUGCCCAAAUGCCUGGAUUACCACAAUCUGUACCUGAUCGAGUUGAUCUCCAUCGUGAUAGUCGAGUUCGAGCACUGGAAGACGAAGCUCCUCAUGGACUUCGGAUUUGUCAUGGACGUUGUGAUCGUCACGUCCGGACUUGCCCAGCUGGUCUUGAGCACGGUAGGGAUUGAUGCCGCGGAAGUGACACUGCUUCGCAUCCUGCGAGUGGUGCGCAUCUUGCGGCUGUUUCGUCUCUUUCGAAAGUUUCGGAUGCUCAAGGAGCUGCGGAAGCUCGUGCGGAUGACCGGCCUCUGCUUCAAGACUCUGAUAUGGUCUUUCAUUUUCUGCUUCGUUGUGAUGACCUCCUGGGCUAUGCUCAUGGUGGAGCUGCUGUAUCCGACCAUGACUUCUCUCAUCGAGAAGGAAGGCGAGUGGGAGGAUUGCGAGUCCUGCCGAGCUUCCUUGUCGUCGGUCAUAAACGCAGUCCUGCUCAUAUUCAAGACCGUCGUGGCCGGAGAUAGAUGGGGUGAUGUAGCGGUGCCGCUCAUAUCAGAGGAACCAUGGCUGGCGUCCGGCAUCUUCGUCGGCUCCCACUUGACCAUCGUCUUUGGGGUCCUGAAUCUGGUCGUCGCCGUGGUGGUUGACACCUUUGCAGAGCAGCGCUUGAAAGACGUUGCGACGAUGGCAAUGGAGAUGGACGAGGAGGCCGAGGACGAUUUGAGGGAGCUCGAUCGAAUUUUCCUGAAGAUCGACCAGGACAUGGACGGCACUUUGACCCUCGAUGAGCUGGAAGAUGGCGCUCGUCGAGUGCGUGAGUUUCAGAACCGCCUUCGGGUCAUGGACAUCGACCAGCAGGACCUGCAGCAGUUGUUCAACAUGCUGGAUCGAGACGGUGGUGGCACCAUUGACCCGGACGAGUUCAAGAAGACACUCUCACGCUGGGCCUUCGAGUCGAAGACGGCCACCCGCUUCGUUCGGUAUAACCUCCAGCAGCUCAUGAGCGAACACAAUGCAGCCGCAAAGCAGAUUGAGAAGAUGGAAUCCCGCCUUUCAGAGGCCAUGUCGACCCAGAGCCAAAGCAGCUACCAGCGCUCUCGGCCGAUUCGGAGACGGCGGCGUCGUCAAGAGACCGAAGGUGAUUCCAAGCCGAAGAAGGGCCAUCCAGUCCGGCGGUCGAGAGCGAAGCAGCAAGCUGUCAUCCCUGUCUGA